GGCUACUAAGGCUCCACGUACAAGAUGGAAGUUCCAGCUUCCGGUUUCCAAUUCGGUGGAAUUUACUCUUGGCAUCAGUGACAGUGCCUGGUGUACUUUAAAGUUCUCUUCACUUUUCAGUAUUUAAAUCUCCACGGCUUUGCCUCUGUCACCUCGUCUUCAUCUGCUCCACCAAAACGAUAAGCUCUCCAGCCAUGACGACGUUUCGUUGUGCUUCGGUGGCCUUUCUUUUCUCCCUCCUACACUCUGUUCUUCUAGCAAGAUCGGAGUCGUUCAUUGGUAUAAACUAUGGCCAAGUCGCCGAUAACCUCCCCCCUCCAUCAGCAACCGCAAAGCUUCUACAAUCCACUUCCAUUGAAAAAGUCAGGCUGUACGGAGCCGACCCAGCUAUCAUCAAAGCCCUUGCCAAUACCGGCAUCGGAAUCGUCAUCGGAACAGCGAACGGCGAUGUCCCGGCACUAGCUUCCGAUCCCAACUUCGCCAGGAAUUGGAUCAAUUCCAAUGUCCUUCCCUACUAUCCCUCUAGCAAAAUCAUCCUCAUCACUGUCGGAAACGAAGUCAUGACCUCCGGCGACCAGAAUCUGAUGACGCAGCUCUUGCCGGCGAUGCAGAAUCUCCAAAAUGCCCUCAACGGCGCAUCACUUGGCGGCAUGAUUAAGGUAUCCACCGUCCACUCCAUGGCAGUGCUGAAGCAAUCUGAACCGCCUUCUUCUGGAAGUUUCGAUCCGAGCUUCGGGGACCUGAUGAAAGGACUGUUAGGGUUUAACAAAGCCACUGGUUCGCCAUUCGCGAUCAAUCCAUACCCUUACUUCGCAUACCGGAGCGACCACAGACCUGAAACGCUGGCUUUUUGUCUUUUUCAACCCAACUCCGGACGUUUCGACUCUGGGACUAAUAUCAAGUACAUGAAUAUGUUCGAUGCCCAGGUGGACGCUGUUCGAGCUGCAUUGAACUCGAUGGGCUUCAAGGAAAUUGAGAUAGUGGUUGCGGAGACGGGCUGGCCCUACAAAGGAGACAGCAACGAGGUAGGCCCAAGUAUUGAAAAUGCCAAGGCUUACAAUGGGAACCUGAUCUCGCACCUGAGGUCACUGGUGGGAACGCCCUUGAUGCCUGGGAAAUCAGUGGAUACAUAUCUGUUUGCACUCUACGACGAGGACCUGAAACCUGGGCCGGGCUCAGAGCGCGCAUUUGGGCUUUUUAAGACUGAUCUCACCAUGACCUAUGAUGUUGGCCUCUCCAAGGGCGCCCAGAACACUACUCCGGCACCGGCAACCCCCAAAACUCCGGCCACUCCAUCUCCAUCUCCAUCGACGAACGGAACGUGGUGUGUGCCCAAAUCAGUUGUAUCAAAUGCCCAACUCCAGGCUAAUCUGGACUACGCCUGCGGACAAGGGAUAGAUUGCCGUCCAGUCCAACCAGGUGGGGCUUGUUUUGAACCCAACACCGUAGCAUCACAUGCUGCUUAUGCAAUGAACCUCUUCUACCAAAAUUCUGCUCGCAAUCCAUGGAACUGUGAUUUCUCACAAACAGCCACACUCACAUCUAAAAAUCCCAGUAAGUCUUCUCAAACCCCAAUGCCUUUACAAAUUGUUCAUCGGCAGCCUCUCUGCCCAUACCUUAAGCUUGAUUAUUUCUUACUGUUGAAAGCUUACUAUAUUAUAAUUAUAUAUUUAGUUAUUGUAUAUUUAUUUAUUUAGUUAUUAUAUCUCUCCUUUAUUUAGUUAUUAUAUUAUAAUUUUUUUUUCUUUUUAGGAUGGUAAAUUAAUCUUUAUUUUCUUGUAUUAUGCCUACUUAAAUUUGUACUUAUUUUCAAGAAGAAUUGGUAAUGAGAAAUUCUAAAUUUUCUUUUUUUC